ACUGAAGCUUCUUCAACAACAACAAUAGCACCAACGACAACCACAACAACAUCACCUUCGACAACUGCAGCUCCUACAACAACCACAACAGAAGCUAGUACAACAACUGUAGCUCCAACGACCACUACAACUGCAGCAGCUGCUACAGAAAUCACAACUGUAGCUCCUACGACCACCAAAAUUGCAGCUUCUACCACAACAACAGAAGCUCCUAAGACCACUACAACUACAGCAGCUCCUACAACAACUGUAGCUGCUUCCACAACCACUACUGUAGCCCCUAUGGCAACAACAACUGUAGCUCCAACAACAACUUUAGCUACUAUAGCAAGCACAACAGCAGCUGCUACGACAACCACUACAGAUUCUACGACAUCUACAACAAGCCCAACAGUACCCACUACGGCAACACCUUCAGCUCCUACAACGACAAUAAUAGUAGAUCAUGCGACAAGUACAACUGCAGCAGCUAUAACAACAACAACUGAAGCUGCUUCCACAACCACUACUGCAGCCCCUACUGCAACCACAACAGCCCCUACUGCAACCAGAACAGAAGAUCCUUCUACAAUAACUACAAAAACAUCCCCUACGACAACUGUAGCUCCUACGACAACCACUGUAGCUUCUACAGACACUACAACUGCAGCAGCUCCUACAACAACAACUGAAGCUGCUCCCACAACCACUACUGAAGCCCCUACUGCAACAACAACUGAAGCUUCUUCUACAACAACUAUAGCACAUACGGCAAACACAACAACUGUACCUACGACAACUGCAGCUCCUACUACAACCACUGUAGCUCCUACAGCCAAUACAACUGCAGCAGCUCCUACAACAACAACUGAAGCUGCUUCCACAAGUACUACUGUAGCCCCAACUGCAACCACAACUGAAGCUUCUUCUACAACAACCACAACAACAUCCCCUUCGACAACUGCAGCUCCGACAACAACAACUGUAGGUCCUACAACGCCAAUCACAACUGUAGAUACAACUACCAUUUUAACUCCUAUGACAACCACAACCACAGCUCCGACCUCAACAACUGUAGCUGCUUCCACAACCACUACUGCAUUCCCUACUACAACCACAACGGAAGCUUCAUCCACAACCACUACUGCAGCCCUUACUACAACCACAACGGAAGCUUCUUCUACAACAACUAUACAACCACAACUCUCCAACAACAACUUUAGCUACUAUAGCAAGCACAACAGCAGCUGCUACGACAACCACUACAGAUUCUACGACAUCUACAACAAGCCCAACAGUACCCACUACGGCAACACCUUCAGCUCCUACAACGACAAUAAUUGUAGAUCGUGCGACAACCCCUAUGGCAACAACAACUGCACCUCCAACAACAACUUUAGCUACUAUAGCAAGCACAACAGCAGCUGCUACGACAACCACUACAGAUUCUACAACAAGCCCAACAGUACCCACUACGGCAACACCUUCAGCUCCUACAACGACAAUAAUUGUAGAUCAUGCGACAACCCCUAUGGCAACAACAACUGCAGCUCCAACAACAACUUUAGCUACUAUAGCAAGCACAACAGCAGCUGCUACGACAACCACUACAGAUUCUACGACAUCUACAACAAGCCCAACAGUACCCACUACGGCAACACCUUCAGCUCCUACAACGACAAUAAUUGUAGAUCAUGCGACAACCCCUAUGGCAACAACAACUGCACCUCCAACAACAACUUUAGCUACUAUAGCAAGCACAACAGCAGCUGCUACGACAACCACUACAGAUUCUACAACAAGCCCAACAGUACCCACUACGGCAACACCUUCAGCUCCUACAACGACAAUAAUUGUAGAUCAUGCGACAACUCCGACAACAACAACUGUAGGUCCUACAACGCCAAUCACAACUGUAGAUACAACUACCAUUUUAACUCCUAUGACAACCACAACCACAGCUCCGACCUCAACAACUGUAGCUGCUUCCACAACCACUACUGCAUUCCCUACUACAACCACAACGGAAGCUUCAUCCACAACCACUACUGCAGCCCUUACUACAACCACAACGGAAGCUUCUUCUACAACAACUAUAGCACCUACGACAGCCACAACAACAUCCCCUUCGACAACUGCAGCUCCUACAACAACAACUGUAGCUCCUACAACUCCAAUCAAAACUACAGCUUCUACUACGACAAUAAUUGCAGAACCUGCGACCACCACAACUGA